AUGGCCACCGAGCACAUUCUUUAUCUCCUCCGCUCGGACAGUGAUGGGGACCAUGUGCUAAUCAAUGUCUCGUCCGAGGGACCUUCUCCCUUAGAUCUGAAGCUGCUGGCAACAGAGGGAGAGAGUCCAUACAUAGCUACGAUAAGGCAGUCUCGAAUUUCCAAGCUCCGGGAUAAGAAGAAUCAAUUAAGUGACGACCAAUGGGAGAACGUGUUGCAUUCAACCCUUCUUCAGCGCCGGAUUCAAGGAUCAGAAGCGAGCACUCUCGAAAAGCUCGAAGUCCAUGCAACUCUUACUGGCGACCAACUCUCGAUAAUUUUCCGCAACAACUUUUCCGGUAUCACUCAAAAGCUAGGCGAAGUAGCCUUCAAGAAAGAUGAGAAUCAGGAGCUAGAUAUAACACGGUGGACAGGAACGGCGGUGGAAAGAUCUUAUCGAUUGGACAGAGAAGUCAGAGACCUGGCUUCAAAAUAUGACGAGCAAAGCAAGAAGAUGGAAAAGCUCAACAAUCAGCUCGAGGAUUUGAUCAAAGCCAAGAAAGAACAUGAGGAUUCUCUUCUACAAACUUUCAGAGAGCUACUUAACACCAAGAAGCUAAAGAUCAGAGACCAACAACGAACUUUGGCUAGUGCCAAGUUCGAUCCCAAACAAGCAGCGCAACUCCAAAACGCUCGCUCAACCUCGAAACGUCGCGCAGCGACCGCUUCUCGGGCCGGGAAGCGAAAAGCAAUGAGUGGCCACGGAGCCUCCGACUCGUCAGAAGAAAGCGGGUUUAAAGCGCAGGCUUCCAAGCCAAAGCCAGAGAGUGACGUGUCGGAACAGAUGAAUACACCUGAACAGUCUGAUCAAGAUGUGACUGAAGAUGAAAGUGGUGAUGACCCAGAUUCUGCUCCUCAGGCAGCCAGACUGCCUGAAAAGAGUAAGGCCGCUACUGGAGCGAAAGGAGCUAUUGGUGAGGAAAUGCAAUUAGAUACCCUUCCGCCAAUGAGGGACCUGCCGUUCGGAGAAGGCGGGAGGCGGGAGCAGGUGAAGCGGCCAGUUACAGAGGAUAAGUUGACGCUCACUCAAGAGGCCGGGAAUGAGGGUGAGGAAACGGAUGAUGACGAAUUAUGA